AUGGUAUUCCACCGUGCAUGGUGUUUCGUGCGAGCACGCAAAAUUCCCUACAUCUGGAUCGAUCAGGAGUGCAUAUACCAGGAAAACGCAGAGGACAAGCAAAGACACCUGCAGGUCAUGGACAAGAUAUACAAGAAAAGUAAAUGGACCGUUGCCGUCUUGUCGACAGAAAUCCCCGACACCAUGCUCAGCGCUCUGGUGCUACAUUCGCACUACGGCGAUCAGGAACACCCAGCGAAGCCACGCUUUGAGAAUUGGCCGGAUGGUGUUGUUAUCUUGCCGCUUUAA